UAUUUCUUUAUUUACCUAUUUCAUUUAUUGAAGUUAAUUUAUUUAUUUAAAACUUACAUUCAAUAAAAGUAAUUGUAAUUGAGGAAAGUAAUUUAAUUUCAAAAUUUGAUUAAUUUUCCUAGUAACAAUUACAUUUUGCAAUUGUUAGUUGAAUGCGCAAUUACUUUCUACAUGUAAUUGAAAUUAUUUAUUGCAUCUACAUUUUGCAAUUGAAAGAAAGAAAAUAAAAAAAAAUAGGAUCCUCACUCAGCAUAAUGCCGCGGCAAUCCAUGGCACUGGUUUUCAGUGGGGACCUGACUUAAAACUUUGAUAGUGGCGGCACAUACGCCAACGAAACAGCAAAAAAAACAGACAUAAAAGGAACACAAAAAAAAUUAUACAUACUACCAAAAACAUUUUUGCUACUGUACAUUACUAAGAUUGAAAUUGAAAACAAUAAUUAUAAUUGUUAAUUUGUAAUUCAAUUACUUUUUGACCAACACUGGUACUUAGCGGAUCUUCAGGGCCAAUUAUAUCCACAUGCUAACGGGUCGCCCGGGUCGGACGUUGGGCCUAAGCAAGAGUCGUUUUCCGUUUCACCAAAUAGCAGCACAUCGUUAACAAUAUUUGAAAUGUAAAAAAAAUAGUUCAAAUGCACAUUAUCAAACAUUGAAAAUUUUUGGCAAUUAGUGACAAAGUAUUUUUUCAGUACCUAUGGCGCUAAUUUACCGCCCUAGUGCGGUAACGUAACUAGCACUAUACGUGCGUAUGUCGACAAUUAAAAAGGCCAUAUGUACUGUAAAACGUUGUACAAUAUACAUGCGAAAACUUGUAUCGUAAUAUUGUUGAAGAUGUUCUGGUGAUUCCUGGGCUAUAACCGCGAAAAUCUCAAAAUCAUUUUUCUCUGUCACUCUAAUUACGUCUUACUAAGAGUAAAAGGGAAUGAUCCCCUCAAUUUGCGAAUUUCGGUUUUCGCGGUAGGCCCCCUGGACUAUAACCUCGAAAAUCGAAGUUCGUCAAUUGCGGGCAUUUUUCUUUGUCACUCUAAUUACGUCUUAGUGAGAGCAAAAGCGAAGAUCCCUACAAUUUGUGAAUUUCGAUUUUUGAGGUAGACCCCCUGAAACGGAAACGACUGUUGCUCAGGCCCAACGUCGCCGUAUCCGUUAGAAUGUGGAUGUAAUUCAAAUAGUAGUAUAAUAUUAUAUAAUUGGCCCUUUCCUAAAUAGACCCAAGGGAGGGAGUAUGGGCGGACUAUUAUAUUGUACUUACUAACUUAUUAGCGUGAAGUGAAAAUGUCAAGUUAGUUUUCGAUUUCUUUUGCAGAGACUCCUACGCACACAGUCCCUUAUUUGUAUAGGAGCAUCGUUGAUAAUGGCGUAAGCGCCAUCGACAAUAAAGUUCUUUUCAAUAAAUAACGUCACAAUUACACGAAUUAACAAACAAAUCAGUCAAAAACCGAUUUUUUUUAUCACUUAAGGUAGUUUACUGAAACAGUUAUCGACUUAUAAUGAAACGAAUAACUAAUUAACUCAUAAUUAAUUCAACGUUUAAUUCAUUAUUGAUUAAGGAACUCUAUAUUUAUACUAUUUUUAUUAGUAUUGAAUGCUAACCAAAUUUUGGUGGUAACUACUGGGAAAAAAAUUCCCACCUUUUACCAGCUGGGAAAAAAAACUCCCAGUAGUUGUGGGUUUUUUUUUUCCAGUAGUUACCAGUGGUAAAAGGUGGGGAAAAAAUUCCCAGUAGUUACCACUGGUAACAACUUGGUGGUAACUAGUGGAAAUAACCCAACGGGACAGGUGAAACUAAAUAAAAUAUUGUAAUAUAAAAUAGCGUUUUAGUUGCUUACUCAAACAGUCUCACAAAUAUACGUCAAACUCGACCGACAAAAGUAGCCUUGCCUUAGAUUCGUUCACGUUGGUUGGUUGACUCAUUCCCUCGAUUUCCGCGCCAGGGCAGACGUACUUUAAAAUUAAUAUUGAACGAUUCUAAAGUUACCAAAGUCAAUCUCCAAUAUUACAGCAUAAUGAAUAAUAUGAAAACUGUUAUUGCUCCUGUAAAUAUCGCAGUGAUAAAAUAUUGGGGAAAACGCGACGAGGAGUUGAUAUUACCGUUAAAUGAUUCCGUUAGCGCUACUUUGGCCACAAGUGUUAUGUGUGCCAAAACAUCUGUGUUUACCGGCCCUCAACUUACCAGCGACGAGAUAUGGCUCAACGGCAAGAAGGAAUCAUUUACGAAUAAACGACUAGUAAAUUGCCUCGAAGGAAUAAAAGCUAUAGCCGCUAAGGAGAAAAGUGUGGACGAAGAAUUCCUAAAAUGGAAAGUUCAUGUGUGCUCUGUUAACAAUUUCCCUACGGCGGCCGGCCUCGCAUCCUCUGCAGCAGGAUAUGCGUGCUUAGUAACUGCAUUAGCGAAACUUUAUAAUGUGAAAUCGGAUGUUAGCUGCGUCGCAAGGUUGGGUUCUGGCAGUGCUUGUAGAAGUGUUUAUGGCGGUUUUGUUCAGUGGCAUGCGGGAACGGAGCCCACUGGCAAAGAUUCCAUCGCAACUCAAAUUGCAGAAGCCUCUCACUGGCCCGAAAUGCGAGCUCUUAUACUUGUGGUUGGUGACAGUGCAAAGAAAACUAGUUCAACAAAGGGCAUGAAGAAAACUGCUGAAACCUCUGAACUUCUCAAACACCGGAUUGAGUAUUGUGUGCCACAGAGAACCACCAGUAUUAUUCAGGCUAUAAAGGAAAAGAACUUUCCCAAGUUUGCUGAAAUAACUAUGAAAGACAGCAACCAGUUUCAUGCAGUCUGUCUGGACUCCUACCCACCUUUCGUAUACAUGACAGAAGUGUCCCACAAGAUAGUUGAAGUGAUUCACAAAUAUAAUGAAGUCUGUGGUGAAGUGAAAGUUGCUUAUACUUUUGAUGCAGGCCCAAAUGCUUGUUUGUACCUCCUAGAGGAAGAGGUGCCAAAAAUAAUUUCUCUUAUAAAAUAUGUUUUUCCUUCUUCAUCACCUGAUAAUUUUGUAACUGGUCUCAAUUAUGAACAGCAUGAGCUAAGUAAAGAUUUUCUGAACAAGGUUGGGUUGGAACCAGAAUCUGUGGAUUUGUUGAAAUAUAUUAUUUAUACCAAAGUUGGAGAGGGGCCAGCAGAAGUUACUGAUGGCUCACACUUGUUAGAUCAAAAUGGUCUUCCUCUGUAAAUGUUUAAGUGUGGCUAAUGUGUGGGGUAGAAAGAAGUGGUUGAAUGGGUAUUUUAUGUAAUAAAUUAUAUUAGUUUCUGACUUAACAAUACACUACAUUAUAUUUACAAUUUGUGUAACUACAAAUGUACUAUGCUAUUUUGAGAGAGCAUAUAUUUGAAAUGUUAAUAUGAUAUUACAUUACAAUGGAAUGUUUCAGAAUAAAUUACUAUCUCAAAUGCUA